AUGAGUUCUAAUCAACAAUUGGAAAACAAUGCUUGUAUACCUAACAAACAUGAUGCAAAGUACAUAGAAUUGGUACAUAAUACAUUACAGGAAACAAAGGAAACUUUUGAAAAGGAACAGAAACUCUCUGAUAAAGUACUAUUGAACUUGUACAAUAUUUUUGGUGCUGUAUUUGAAAGAUCAUUAGAGUUGUAUGAACAAGGACGUAUAACUCAUAUUUAUCCAUCUGAAACAACUGCAGUUAUACCUCAUAGUGAUAGGAAUAAUGCAAGAUAUUUAGUACAAACUGCAACUUGUUUUGGAACUGAAAAUGGUUUAAAAGUAACAGUGGAGGAUGCAAAAUGUAUGCAGGCAAGUGCUUAUAUCCCAUCUCAUGUAUUUCAAGAAUUUAAUUUGAAGGAUGAUGUUAUUUUUCGAAUAAACUUAAAUGUUUUGGUUGAAUGUCUAUGUAUGUUUUGGAGCAACAUAAAUUCUCAAGGAAGUUCAGUGGCUCUGCAACUGUUUUAUAAAGGUACUGGGCAUCCAGUAACAGUUCUUAUAGAAGAAGAUGGUGUUAUAACAGACUGUUCCUUAAAAACUCAAGAUCCUGAUGAAUUGUUAGAUUUCCAUCUUGACCCAGAAAAUGUUUUGAACAAAGUAGUCCUGCAGACUGAAUUAUUGAAGGAUAUUUUAUCCGAGCUCGAUCCAACCAGUGAUUUAAUUGAGUUACUUCUGUCACCUUCUGCACCAUGCUUCCGAAUUAGUACAGCUGGCUUAGCUGGCAUCUGCCAUGUUGAUUUACCACAUGAAGGUGAUUUAGUAGAUAACUUUCAAUGUUCCUCAACAGCAACAGCUAGUUACAAGUUGUCACAUAUUAAACCAGCUAUGAAAGCCUUGUUAUAUGCAAAUAAAGUUUCCUUGAGAACUGAUACAUGUGGACUGUUGUGUUUCCAAUAUAUGGUUAAAACAGAUGAGGGUCAAACCUGUUACAUAGAGUAUUAUAUUUCACCGGUGAUAGAUCCAAAUGAAUAA